CGUUUGGUUUCACAUCUCCUUCCUUGCUCCUUCCCAACUCUUUCUUCGUUCUUUCUUCAACGUCUUAUCAUGGUUGCUAAUGGUCACUCGCGUCCUGCUCUUGCACCCGGGCAUUUAUUGUUCACCUCUGAGUCUGUAGGUGAAGGUCAUCCCGAUAAAAUUUGUGACCAGGUUUCGGAUGCUAUUCUCGAUGCCUGCCUCGAGCAAGACCCUUUUUCAAAGGUCGCUUGUGAGACUGCAUCGAAGACCGGCAUGAUUAUGGUCUUCGGAGAGAUCACCACUAAAGCCCAGCUCGACUACCAAAAAAUCAUCCGUAACACAAUCAAACAAAUUGGUUACGAUGAUUCUUCUAAGGGUUUCGACUAUAAGACUUGCAACAUUCUUGUUGCCAUCGAGCAGCAGUCUCCUGAUAUUGCUCAGGGUCUGGACCAUGGCUCUCUAGAAGACCACGGUGCUGGUGACCAGGGUAUCAUGUUCGGUUAUGCUACCGAUGAGACACCGGAAUUUAUGCCUUUGACCAUCAUGCUUGCGCACAAGCUCAACCGUGCUAUGGCCGAUGCUCGCCGAUCAGGUCUUCUGCCUUGGUUGCGCCCUGACUCAAAGACUCAAGUCACUGUUGAGUACAAGAACGAUGGUGGUGUGAUGAUCCCCCUGCGUGUGGACACGGUCGUUAUUUCGACCCAGCACGCGGAGGAAAUCUCCACUGAGGAGCUUCGCAAGGAAAUUUUGAGCAAGAUCGUCGCGCAGGUCAUCCCCGCCAACCUUCUCGAUGACCGUAUCGUUUACCACAUUCAACCGUCUGGCCGCUUCGUCAUUGGUGGCCCUCAGGGUGAUGCCGGUCUGACUGGCCGCAAAAUUAUUGUAGACACCUACGGUGGUUGGGGUGCACACGGUGGAGGAGCCUUCUCAGGCAAGGACUUCUCCAAGGUUGACCGUUCUGCGGCGUACACUGCUCGUUGGAUCGCCAAGUCUCUCGUUGCUGCCGGCCUCGCUCGCCGCUGCCUUGUUCAGCUCUCAUACGCUAUUGGUGUCGCGGAACCCUUGUCUAUCUACGUUGACACUUACGGAACUGGCAAGAGGACGAACGAGCAACUCGUUGACGUCAUCAACAAGAACUGGGAUCUCCGUCCUGGUGUUAUGGUGCGCGAACUUGACCUCCAGAAGCCCCACUACUUGAGGACCGCGUCUUACGGCCACUUCGGUAACCCCGCAUACACCUGGGAGAAACCCAAACAGCUUAAGCUGUAAUCACUCUUUUGUCUCACUGGGUCGAAUAUCUCUCCAUCUAGCAUAGGAAGUUCAUCCUUCCCUAAUUUAUCAUCCAUCAUCGCACGCACCUUUUCUGUAGACUAUUGCACACCAUCGCUUUCUACUCCGCAGCCAAUACGCUGCCUAUUAUCACGACCAUUACCCGUGACUCUGUCAGGAUUCCAACGACGUUGCAUGUUGAUGCCCUACCUAUAUCCACUAUAUCACCUCGUAGUACCGAAGAAUACAAUCGCGUUCAACCGCGUAUUUUUCAGUGA